CAUUACCUUAAAUUUACUAAAAUAUGUUACCUAACGCAUCAUUACCUUCGAUAGUCAACGAAGAGAUAAGUUUGGAAGGUCUUGAGGGCAGUACGCUUAAUUCACUAUGGAACCACAUAGCGUUACGGUUGAAACUGACGAUGCCGCUGCCCCCGAAGCUGAUGGGUUCGAUCUGGACGUUGGUUUUGCACAAUCCUGAAUUUGAGUUCUAUCUGUUGCUAACCGAAAGAAAACCGUUUGCACACUUUAACCGGCUUGGUAAUCUUGAUCCGGAAAAUGGUAUCGCCGUGCAGCCGAGCGAAUUUCCGGGCCAUCGGUACGCGUAUCGCUUGGUUGAAGCGAAUGGUAUCCGAGGAUCGUGCGAAGAGUACGACACACGAACAUGGAUUCCGCGAGAGGAAUUGCGGAAAAUCAGCUGCAUUGAAGCAGAGAAAAGAUAUGGUCGCAAAUUUGUCAUAGUAGCAUCGCAGCGUAUGCGCGAAUCUUUUUUAAUCAUCCCGAACUUUACGGCUGAACUGACCGGUAUGCAGUACUGCAUACUCGAAUGGAUUGGUCGUUCCCGGUUCAGCGGAGAAACAUCGCACGGUAAAUAUUCUUUGGUGGAGAUAUCGGGUGAUUCGAGCUCGCUGUUUUACCACCGAAAGGUUCUCAGUUCCGCAAAGCUGAUCACGCGCCAGAACCUUUCGAUCCGCAUAGAUGACGUGAGCAUUCAGGGCAUGGUAUUCCAUCUGCCACGUUAUUACAAUGAGAUGAAAACGAAACAGUUACUGAUCGUGGAACGAGUCGUUAGCGAGCUCAAAAAGCGCGAGCACUUCAUGGCGGAUUACGAAGAAAUCAAGCUGAUGGUGCUGAACAAAUCGGACGCAGGAAAAUUGUUUCGUUCGCCCGAAUUCCAACGUUUCAUCAAAACGGACGAGACGGUUUCGUUUCGUACGCUGUACCCGAACGCACCGUCUAGCUCGUACUUGACAAAGCGAGGCGAAGAAAAGAUGAUACGCGUGAUGCGGCUAAUCCAUCCAACUGCGGACGUGUACGAUUUAUGGUGCCGUGACACGGCCGAGGAAGGUGGAGCUGAUGCAAAAGAAGGAUUUCUAGCCAGCGCCGAUAGCAAAGCAGUUUAUGCCGAUAUACCAUUGCUCCAGCUAGCCUAUAACGUGAUUGCCGAUCAGGGUGGGAAAGGAAUCUCGCAAUCGGAAAUGGCUCAGCAGCUGGGAUUGGAUAAAUUAAAUGCGCGUGCUGUUGUAAAAAAUCUGACCAAGCUCAAAUGCAUCGAAAGCAUGGCGGUAGAUGAGGGCAGACAGCGAACUUCCAAGUUUUUCAUACCCGGCAGUUCACAACGGUCUAUAUUUGAGAAAGAAAUGUCCCAGUACGUAUCGAACCAAAUGAAUUUGAUGGAAAGUCAGCGACAGCAAAUGGCUGGCAUCAAAAGCGAACUGGAAGAGGAUCACGACCAGAGUGUACCCGAAAUCGCCUGCGAUAUGAACUUUGGCGAAAGUACCGCGUUCAUUAGAGAAUGCGCUUCGCCAACGUUAAAUGCGAACGCGUUCGAUAGCACACUGCACGAUAAUUUCACCACCGAAGUGAUCAUGUCCGAUCAAAUUUUACUAAAAAAAAAUUCCAAAACUAUUGCAGAGAAAGUGCACAAGAAAGCGAUCAGCGAGCUAAUGUUGCGACGGUACAACUUUAUCAUGGAACUCGUUAAGCAGGAGGAAGCAAUCGAACCGCGCUCCAUCUUGAAAAGCUUGAAGCUGGCAGAGUUGGCAGGGGGCAACCAAUACACGGCCUGUAACAAAUCGUUAAUGCGACUGAUCGGUCGACUUGCUGCCGAGAAGCUGGUGGUCAUGGCAAACGUAACACUCAAGCGAGAGGAUCGCGAAUUUAAUCUUGUUUAUGUGUGUGACCCCAAAUUAACGCCCGAUCAUCCCGGGCUGCAAUCGAAGCUGGCGAUGGCAAAGUCUCGAAUCGUACUGCAGCAAACACAAACGACAUGCACCGAUCAAGAAACGUCGAUACAGAAACCCGAGGAACUACGUGGAUACCAUGGCUGUUUGCCAAAGUGUCCGCGCAUGAAACUAUACCACGAGUAUCUGUUCUAUACGGCACACGUACAGCAAAGGGACGCCCGCGAGCUAGACACAAACGAGCUGGAAUCGAUCAAUCUGGACGGUAUGGAUUUGAGCGAAAUAUCACCGAUCUACUGCGAUACGAAUGAUUGGCGAAUGUUCAUUCCACCGCUGAACCUCUACGACGGGUACGGUGUCGGUUGGGUGUUGCUGACCGAUGUGGUCGUUCGUAUGCCGAUCUAUGUCUUCUGUUCGAUCUGUUCAUACUCGUUCUACUCUACCGCACUCGACUACUAUCUGAACCACCCGAUUCGAAAGUACACGUUAUUGAAGGAUCUGCCCGAUGCGAUACGAAUGCAGCUGCUGCAGAAACGUCGCUACAUAUACGCCAUACUGGAUAUUACGAAGUUGUUAUGUUAUGCAGGGCUAUUGCAGAUGGGACCUCAGUUACGCAAAACACGUGACCAAACGUACGUUUAUUUGAACCAGUACGCUUGCCUGCUAAACACGACCGGAUCGAAAGACAGCUACCAUGAGAUCGAAGCACGCAAAUAUCCCAUGAUACAGUUUCGCCUCGAAACCAUGGAUGACGUGCAGGAGUACUGGGAUCGGCUGUACGAUAUCGCGAUCAGGACGAAACUGAAUUCACGCAACACGGCAAUCGGACGGGUCGUGUAUGUGCAGCACCUACACACAAAACCUGCAAUGGUGGAUGCGCUCCGGGUACAGACAGAAGAAACGGCUCGUCUAAACGAUCACUCGGGUCAGUUGCCGCACGGUGAUGAAAAGGGUGCAGCUGGGUUCGAUACAGCCAUGUUUAUGCAUCUCAAAACGAACUGGCAAAAGGUGAUGAACACUUCAGACUAUCGGCACCGGCUAGACAAGCACCGGCUGAAGAUUGUACGGCGAUCGGUAAAGAUGAAGAAAAAGCAAAUGGAAGCCGUCAAGAGCACAACCGAAGCCAACAGCAGCAACACCGCCACAGAUCAAACGAUGUCAUCCGGUGUCGUUUUAACGGUUGGUCGGAGGUUUGCCCUCAGGAAACCGGUCCGCAAGCGUGUCAUUCAGCCGCGCAAACAAUCGCACCGGCAUCGGCGCGAAUGCUAUGACGAGGUGGAUCGAUUAGCACUGAGAACGAUGAAUAACUUGCGCGUCAAGUGGUCACGGGCCGAGGAUCAAAUACUGGUGCUGUGCCGCGUAGCGCAGCUGUACAUGUACACUACACUAACCAUGAGCUGCCCGAUCAAUUCCUGCAUAUUUCGGGAUGUGUUGCAUUGGGCGAAUGUUCGCUCGGCAAACAAAACAUCUCGUGCCUGCCAAAGGCGUGUACUGUACAUGGUGAAAAAAGUGCCCGGCGUAGCGGAUACGAUACGCACCUGUCUGGAGGAGGCGAAACAGAACGCACUAAUAACGGAACGAUUCGGUCCGGGCUUUGCAAAAAAGCUUCGUGAGCGGUUCGACGAUAUGGAAGACUAUGUGGUUGCCUCACGGAUUCAUUUCGUGCAGUUAGUGCACAUGGUCCGACAGCUCUGUUCCAAUAUGGUACGGGGAAAUGAUGGUGGCACUGGGCAUGUAAUGCCACGGGCACAAAGAUUCAUGGACGCAUCACGUCGUGCUACCCUUCGCAUUCCAGCCACCAUCGAUGAGCUGUACCGGAAGUUCAACGUCACCGAUACGAGCAGUAUCGGAAAGCAAUUAAACUAUGCCUCCGAUCCAACCACGCUGCAGGAAUUGCAAAUGUACAAACUUACCAUCCUAAUGCACAGCGCUGUUACUUACGGGCGCACGACCGAGCCCCUGCAGAACGUGUAUCGUGAGUACUCGGAAAGCAUCCUCGCCGGUGCGAUGCGUCUGAUGCGCAAUUACCAUCUAGUGUCGUUAAACAAGAAGUUGAAGGGCGUCGGAACGAAACUGCUCGUUACGCACACAUCAACCACGGAAGAUCGCGAGCUGUACCACGUGUCGAUCCACUACCAACAGCAGCUGAUGACGUCACUUCCGUUUGAUUUGUUUCCACCGAUUUUUGACCAGUACAUGCAGCUGCUCGAUCGGGUACGGUACGACGAGAUGUACACGUACGACGAUAACGGGCAGGCGUUGGUACUGCUGCUUAGCGAACUGCUCACAACCGGACGGGUCGAUGUGCAGAUCGAUCAAGAGGCGAACUACAUUGAGGUGCGUGCAGACACGAAGGAAAAGGUACCAUUCUACUCGGAUGUACUAGAACAGGAAUCUGGUUCCGAUGCGGCCGGCCCUCAGAAAGCUUCCCCAAAAACAACACCUUUUAAAGCGCCCUCCGAGAAGAGCAGUAAACCUGCGACGAGUAAGGUUCGGUUUUCCUCCCAGAAGGAUGUCACCUUCCAGUACGUCUCGCAUCCGGUCGAAAAGUUACUAAAGCUGCCGAUAGAAUACUUUCACUUUUUCUGCCUGCUGGAGCAACUGCAAGUGCCGGAUCGGCGUUUGAUCGUGCAGACGUUUAAGAUCGAUGAUGCGCAACCGGCGAACUGUUCACUGCCCACCUGUAUUUGCGCAACGUUCAAAGCAGGCGGGACGCGCAACACCGAUCUUGUUGGUCGGUGUCUAUCAAUGGUACGUGGCCGGCAGGAUCUGUUGGCGCGCAUUAGGCAACAUGCUUCGGAUCGAGCGCAUCGAAAGAACCGAGUCGAUUCGUUGAUGAUGUUCGAAGUUCGGGAGGAGAAUCUGUUGCUGUUCUUCAUCAAGUACAUCGUAGAAUUUCAGCAGCGGUGGAUCGAAAAGCAGAAACGAGACGUGAAUCGGCAGAACCGGUCGUUGCAGGGACUUGACCGAAAUACAAUCAAUAUGGUGGAAUUGCUCGAGGAAUGUCUGCACUUUGACGAGGAAUUUCCCGAGUAUGAUUGGCUCGAUCGGUACGAGAUGUCGAACGUGUUGGAGGAUGAGGAUGUCGGUGAGACGGAACAGGGUGACGAACGGACGUACGACAAACUGAAAGCGCUAAGUGAAAAGGUGUUUAAGCUGCACAACUUCUAUGAAGUCAUGCUCAUGAAGGUGCACAUUCGCAUGAAAAAUUCGCCAUACAUCGAACAGUUCGGUGCUAGCGCUUUUACCGAUCGGGAAUCGUACGGUCAGUGGAAUGUGCCGCGAUGCUUCCUGCCGGACGGAGCAAAGUCUCGCCGAGAGCUGCUGGUGAAGCUCACCAGCGAGGCUGUGUGGCCUGCGAUGGAACAACUCGAACGACCGCUGCAAGAAGCGAUGUCGGUAAUUGAACGUAACGCAAAUGCCAAGGCCCUGCUAGCGUAUAUCGAGUCGAAACAGAAACUGGGAGCGAGUGUGCUUGAUCUGGCACUGAACUUUCCAAACCACGUUCAGCUGAAACAGCAUUUACAGGUACUGUGUGGCUUUAAGCUGCUGUUGCGUACCGGUUUCCGGACCAUUACCUACGUGCACUGGCAGUUUGUGGAAGAAUGGCUUACGAAGGCACCGGUCCCGGAAGUUAAGGAGCAAACGGAAGAACAAUCGACCCGUUCGGUACCGAUAGCAGACACGAGCAAGGGCAACAAACGAAAAGGCAGUACAUUAUUGGAUGGGGAACAGGGCAAUUCCAAAAAGCCGAGAUUGAAUACAGCGGCAGAGAACUGGCAGGAUAGUCUGGAAGGCAAAAGUUCAACAAAAAAGUAUCAGCGAAAACAUAUGCUGCUUGCGAUGGCACCCUGGAUAAGAAUAGAUGGUCUCAUUAACAAACGCUUGCUGUUCCGUUGGCUAACUUCCAUACUGCUCUACUGUGUGGCCCAUCCAGGCGUCCCGUUGAAUGUACUUUCCGUGCGCUACAACAUGAUGGCCCCGUUUCAUCUGAGACAGCUGUUGGAGAUGUUGCAAAAUUACGGAUGCAUUAGCCUGCAUUCCAUGCAAGCCAAUAUAAAGAAGACGAUAUUCUCCAUCUACACACCGGUCACUGUUGUACCGGCAACGGAGUUUUUGCCAGACGAACAAACCUUCGUAGACGUCGCACCGGAUGCGCUGAGCACGCUUUCGCUUUGCAUUGGUGAAAACCGCAAGUAUGCUCAGGAUCUGAUAUCUACAAACCAAUGGGAGAAAAAACCCUAAAGUUAGUGUUUAAUUUUAAUUCAAUAAAAAUAGAU